CACUGUGUGGAGGAGAGGAGAGUUUCUUGUGUGCCAGUGGGAUCUGCAUCCCAGGGAAACUGCAGUGUAACGGCUACAAUGACUGUGAUGAUUGGAGUGAUGAGGUCCAUUGCAACUGCAGUGAUGAUGUAUUUCGCUGCAACACAGGAAAGUGCCUAAAUUAUACCUUUGUUUGUGAUGGAUACGAUGACUGUGGAGACCUUAGCGAUGAACAAAACUGUGAUUGCAAUCCAGUGACACAUCAUCAGUGUGGAGAUGGGAGAUGUAUAACAGCUGAUUGGGUGUGUGAUGGUGACCAUGACUGUACAGACAAAUCAGAUGAAAUCAAUUGCUCGUGUCAUAGUCAGGGUCUGGUAGAAUGCAGAAAUGGGCAGUGCAUUCCUAGUGCAUUCCAGUGUGAUGGAGAUAAUGACUGUAAAGAUGGAAGUGAUGAAGAAAACUGCAGUGAAAGUCAAACCCUCUGUCAGGAGGGAGACCAGAGAUGUACUUCCUGUCCUGAACUCUGUGGAAAUUCCCUCUGUGAUAUGAGAAACAGCCAGACAAACUGCAGUCAGUGUGAACCAAUUACUCUGGAACUCUGUAUGAACCUGCCUUACAACUAUACUUAUUACCCAAACUACCUGGGCCACAGGACACAGAAGGAGGCCUCUAUCAGCUGGGAGUCUUCUCUUUUCCCAGCCUUGGUUCAGACCAACUGCUACAAGUACCUUAUGUUUUUUGCCUGUACAAUCUUAGUACCAAAAUGUGACCCCCAUACAAAUCAGCGGAUCCCACCUUGCAGGACGUUGUGUGUACAGUCUAAGGAACGCUGUGAGUCUGUGCUUGGGAUUGUAGGUCUGCAGUGGCCAGAAGAUACAGACUGCACUCAGUUUCCAGAUGAGAACUCAGACAACCAAACUUGUCUAACACCAGAUGAAGAUGUAGAAGAAUGCUCACCCAGUCACUUCAAGUGCCGUUCUGGGAGGUGUGUUCUGGCGUCCAGAAGAUGUGAUGGUCAGGCUGACUGUGAAGAUGAUAGUGAUGAGGACAGCUGUGGCUGUAGAGAAAGGGGUCUUUGGGAGUGCCCUUUGAAGAAGCUGUGCAUCAAACACACUAUGAUCUGUGAUGGUUUCCCAGACUGCCCUGACAUGAUGGAUGAAAAGAACUGCUCGUUUUGUGAAGAGAAUGAACUUGAAUGUGCCAACCAUGAAUGUGUGCUACGUGAGCUCUGGUGUGAUGGGCAAGCAGACUGCAGUGACAGCUCAGAUGAAUGGGACUGUGUUACACUAUCCAAGAAUAUGAAUUCCUUGACAUUCCUGACCAUCCACAGGUCAGCUGCUGAUAACCAUGUUUGUGCUGAUGAAUGGCAAGAAAAUUUAAGCCGACUGGCCUGCAAUCAGAUGGGUUUAGGAGGACCGUCCAAAACAGAAAUUGUAAUAGAGAAUGAGGAAACGCAACAUCAAAAAUGGCUGAAUCUACAGUCAGAUUGGAAGAAUAAAAAUGCAUCCACUCUACAUGCACUUCUAGUGGAUGGACAGAUGUGUCGAAGCAGAAGCAAAGUGGCUCUCAUUUGCACUAAAGAAGACUGCGGCCGUCGCCCAGCUGCUCGCAUGGCCAAGAGGAUCCUUGGCGGUAGGACCAGUCGCCCAGGCCGGUGGCCGUGGCAGUGCUCUCUGCAAAGUGAGCCAAGUGGACACAUAUGUGGCUGUGUUCUGAUUGCAAAGAGAUGGGUCUUGACAGUAGCACACUGCUUUGAAGGGUGAGAGGGCUCAAACG